GUUCCCUUGAGCUGGAAUUCGUUCAGAAUCGACACUAGCGUCUGACCACAUAUCCUAAUCUGGUCCUACACUCACAUGGCAUCAAGAUCGGCGCCCAGCUAUAGCAACCCCGACCCCCUUGCAGUGGCUAUCGUAGGCUUGUCCCUAUGUGCUCCUGGCGGGGAAACGAGUGGGCUCGACACCGACACAUUUCAUGAGUUUCUCAAGCGUCGCGGUUCCGGCAUUAUCACUGUGCCACCGCAUCGCUGGAAUGCGGAGGCUUUCCAUGGCACUGUGCCUGGUAAAUCGUGCACCACCAAAGGCGGCUUCAUACCCGAUUUUGAGUUUGCAGACGUCCAAGAGUUCGGCAUCACUCCAACGGAAGGUGGACAGGCAAUGUCCACCCAAUUCGUCGUUCUUCAUCAAGCAUUCAACGCCCUACAACGCAGUGGAAUAGACUAUCGGGCCACGAACACCGGGGUUUUUGUCGGCUGUCCCGGUGGAGUGAGUCCGUUUGAUGUAGAUGUCACUCAAGCAGGGGCAUAUUAUAUGACUGGAACGUCUUCUUCUAUAACCGCUAAUCGGAUCAACUAUGUCUUCGAUUUGCUCGGGCCUUCGACCAUCGUAGACACAGCCUGUUCGUCCACUCUCACUGCGAUGCAUCUUGCGGUACGGGCAAUCAGAAACGGGGAUUGCGAUCAGGCCGUUGUUUCCGGAGUGAAUCUCAUUGCAUCUCCAGCGGAUACCGUCGCUUUCAGUCAGCUUGGCGUCCUCAGCCCAGACGGCAUAUGCAAGUCCUUCGAUAAUGAUGCGAACGGUUAUGCUCGUGCAGACUCAGCUGGAGCUGUGGUGAUCAAACGACAUGACCUCGCCGUCAGAGACAAUGACGUGAUCCAUGCGACGCUCGUCGGGACUGCGUUGACAUCUUGCGGUUCUCUCAUGGGCUCGCUCACAACACCUAACCCUGAAGCUCAAGCUCAGGCGAUUCGUCUCGCAUAUAAAGAUGCUGGUCUCCAGCCGCACCAGGCUGACUUUGUCGAGUUGCACGGGACCGGAACCGUUGUCGGCGACUCCCUUGAGGCUAACCUUGCAGGUGAAGUGUUCUCAGAAGGUAGACAAGGAAGGGAAAUUGUUAUUGGGUCUGUCAAGAGUAAUGUUGGACACGGAGAAAUUAGUGCCUACAUGACCUCGUUAACGAAGGUUGUGCUGAUGCUGAGCCACAAGGAGCUCUUGCCCAACGGGUACUUCAAGACGCCUUCGGAGAAGAUCAAAUUCGAGAAGUAUAAUUUGCGUGUCCCUGUUGCAACUGAGGAAUUCGUGGCAACGGAUCCCGAGCAGGGUCUCAUUGCAUCCAUUUCUAGUUUCGGUUUCGGAGGAUCCUGCGGACACACUGUUCUACGUGAGCAUGAAAAGCGCCCUGUCCGUUCUACUGCUGGUUUCGGUGCCAUGAAGGGCCCCUUUCUUUUUACCAUGGGUGCUCUCACUCCCAAAUCAUGCAAUACGCUAUCACGGGAGUAUAAGGCUCGACAUAACAAUGCUGAUAUCCCUGUUCUCUGCGAGCACCUUGGCCGUCGUGCUCGCCAGAUGUUAUAUCGUACAUAUGCAGUCGCUGAUAGUCUGGAGUCGGCCGCGUUCCCGGAACCCGCUCUUGUCGGGAAACGGCCCAAUCCUUUGGUGUACUGCUUCUCAGGCCAGGGACCUCAGCAUUGGCGCCAAGGACGGGAACUAAUGGCUGCAUACCCCGUAUUCCGCGAGAGUGUUCUCGCAUGUGACGAAGUGUACACAGCUUAUGUUGGAGAAUCAUUCUUGGACAAGACUGGGUUGUUCGUGCAGGAUAGCGUCAAGCCGUCACCGCUCGAGACCUGCCUCAUUUGGCCUGCGGAGGUUAUUUCGGUCUCCAUCGCAUUCUUCCAAAUCGCGAUGUUUGACUUGCUCACCGCACUCGGUAUUCGACCUACGGCCCUUGUUGGACAUUCUUUGGGAGAAACCGCCGUUCUAUAUGCUUCUGGUGCUGCCUCUCGUGAAAUGGCCGUCAAGGUUGCAGUCGCGCGUGGCCGUGCCUUGGGGAUAGUCGACAACGCUGGAGGAUCCAUGGUCGCCAUAUCUGGCUGUGACGCCGAUGCAGUCCGCGACUAUGUGGAUGCCGCACUUUCUCUGGCAGGAACCGAGUGUGGAAAAGCUGGGCAAUUACACUUGGCUGCGUUCAACAGUCCAUCUGAUAUCGGCGUAUCGGGGCCCGAGGAACUUUUGGACGCGUUGACGAAUUACAUCGAUAGAUGGGUUGACGGCGUCACCGCCCGCAAGCUUCGUGUAAGCACAGCCGUGCAUUCGCCCUUUGUCAAUCCUUGCGAGGAGGCGUAUCGUAAGGAGCUCGCCGCCAUCUUCUCUGAACAUGCCAGCGAUCACUUUCCAGUGAUCUCCACCAUGUCCACCGUGACUGCCGAGUUCGUAUCUGAGCCCUAUACAGUUGAUUAUCUAUGGAAGAAUAUUCGCCAACCUGUGUUGUUCUCCACGGCCAUUCCGAAGAUCAUCGACCGCUAUGGGGAUCUGACGACGUUCGUUGAGGUGUCUCCUCAUCCAGUUUUGUCUCAGUAUAUGAAAGGUCUGGGCGCCCAUGACUCAGUGGGAACUGGGUACCGGCCGCCCUCCUCACGUCGUCUCAAAGCUGGAGCGAGUGCGAAGACGGAAGUGCAUGCAAUCUUGGACACCAUCGGGCGUUUGCUCCUGUUCGGUGUGAACUCGAUCGAUUUCUCCAUGCUCAACGCAUACCCUUCGAAGACAUUACCAGAUAUUGACUAUCCGUUCAACAAGAAGAUCUGGCCACUGGCGAAUGCUGCGGCACAGCCUGCAUCUUAUCACAGGUGGCUGCUUCCUGCUAGCAGGGCACUCAAUUCCACCCGGCUCAGAGUAGGCCCUUAUAAUCCAGAACCGUGGAUGUCGCAUCACGUCAUCGAUCGUUCUAAUUUGAUUCCAGCUUCUGUAUACGUCGAGAUGGGCCUCGAAUUUCCUGGGGCGACCGAAGUCUGGGACUGCAGGUUUGAGGCUGUUUGCAUCCUCGACGAAUCCGUGCCUCCCAUCACGUUGGAAGUCUCGAAAGAAGGGGCCGAAUGGUUCGUGAAAUCCUCAACGGCGCUUCAGACCAUGGGAGGCGACAUGGAGUGGGUGCGGCGGAGCGUACCUCCCUUCGACACUGUUCACUCUCACGGCAAAUUGGGUUAUGGCGUACCGAAGCUCAGUCCUGACAGCAUAACAUAUGUUGAUGUCGAUGCAGUGACUAAACGCUGUCAUCGAACAAAUACAGGAGAGGAAUUGUACAAGCAACUCGAGAAUUACGCUCAGUUUGGCGCUGAGUUCAUGAGGAUCAAUAGGGUCUGUAUGAAUGAGACAGAGGCCAUCGCCUGGAUUCGAGGCCAUGUUGACGGUCUGAACGCGACCGACUAUAACCUGCACCCCGCUAUUCUAGAUGGCGUUUUUCAGUCGGCUCUCGGCUGGGCCUUGGUCUAUAAAAUGUUGAACGACGGAAGUCAGAACGAAAGCAUCUUUUUGCCUUACUCGCUAAAGAGGGCUUUCCGCAAUGACGGAAGCAUCGAACCCCUUGUCUUGCCUGCUGAAUUCCGAGCAUACGCUGUGAUGGCUGAAUGGACGCCCCACCAUUGGAUUGUCAAUGCAUAUAUCUUGGAUGAUGAGGGGUCUGUUCUGUUCACGGUCGAAGGACUCCGUUUCACAUGGGUCUCACAAGAAGAUUUCUUGCCCUCUACUCGGUUCGCAACACAUUGGCAACCAUACGCUCUGCCACCCACACAGCUACGCGGCUUAAUCGCCGUGGAAGGACCCACCCCAGAAUCAGACACUGUCGAACUCUUAAGAACCCUGGAUGAACUUGCUGUCUCGUAUACCAGCGCUACAUUGACUCGCGUCCCGGAGGACUUUACCCCGGAGAGCGCUGACAGCAAACGUUAUCUGGCUUGGUGUAAGAAUUUGAUUGCCAACGCCAGCUCUGAUAUCCCAGUAUCACCUCGCAUUGGCGUGUCUGUGGAAACUCAGUUCAAAGAUGUCUUGCAGUUGACACACCGAGUCGGUGAGAGUCAGAAAGACCUAUUGACCUCAACCCAAGCUGCGUCGAAGCUGCUCCUGCAGGAUGAUAUCAUAAACCAGGCUUACGAGAGUCCACCUUUCGUAGGCUCAAUCUUCGACAAAUUUGCGAUGCAGUUCGUGGACCUCGUCAAUGCCGCAAUCACCGCUGGAAAACGUGUUAUACGCGUCCUGGAGAUUGGUGCUCGACAAGGCCGUCUCACGAAGCUUCUCGGCCAGGCACUCGUAGAUGCUGCGCUGGGCCCUGGUUAUUACGUCGACUAUUUCUGCAGCGACACCGACAUCCUCUUUGCUCAGAAGGCAACUGUGCAAUCUCCGUGGAUGACGAUGACCUCUCUAGUCUUUGACCCGACUAUCCCAGUUGAAGAGCAAGCACUCGAGCCCGCGAGUUUCGAUAUUGUUGUAGCGUUGAAUGCCCUGCAUGGUAGUUCUGACCUUCGCGGGACCCUUGCCAACCUUCGGGAUAUGCUUGUCCUCGGUGGUUACCUUGCAGCGAUCGAAUUGGAUGGCAACUCUUUUGCAACGUCUGCGAUUGGUACUAAAUGGAUGAACUUCGUCUUCGGGUGCUUCGAUGGGUGGGUGGGAAUCCAUGAGGAACGUCAGGGACCGACUCGCUCCUGGCUGUCGCUAACACACUGGACGGCUGCAUUGCAAUCAGCUGGUUACAACGAUCAUAUCCUCCUUUCUUCAAUCAGCGAUUGUGUCGGGCAUAUCGCCUUCAUAUCGCAAGCCUCUCUCUCGACACGCGUGAUGAACGAAUCAUCGAAGAUUUCGUCUUGCUUCCAAUACGACGACUUCACUAUCGUUCGCUACUUCCAUGCCGGUGGUGAAAUUGAUCUUGUUACAUUCCUGUCCAGCCUCGAUUCGACGGAACCUUACUCCCUUUGGCUCCACACAGAUACAAGGCCCAGCAAUGCCGCCCUGCUGGGACUGUCUCGGACACUUUGCCACGAAUAUUCCGCUUGGAAGAUCUUCACUGUGUUGUUCCACCCUUCAUGGGAUUCAUCUCGGCAAAAGGAGUUCAUCCAUGAGAGACUUAUCCCUCUCAAGAUGGUGCAUGCAGAGCUGAUGAUCGAUGAAUUGGGUUCCAUGAGUGUUCCUCGGGUUGUCGAAACUCCAAUGUCCCCUAUCACCGAACCUCGAGGAUCGAAGGCAGUCCAAUUUAGUGAAACGCAAGUUUGGCGACAGUAUCCACCAGAGCUACUUCCUGGAGAUGUCGAAGUGGCGGUUUCUUUCGUGUCCAUUUCCUCGAUAUUCGCUGGGUGUUCAGAAUUCUCGGGUGUCGUGACUGCGGUCGGGGAAGGUCUCAAGCAAGAAUGCCAACUCGUCGGAAGACGGGUAUUUGGCAUAGUGUCUGGACACGGCGGGAGUGUCGUCAUCUGCCCUCGAUCCCAAGUCUCUGUCAUCUCGGACGAUCUGUCUCUGUCCGUUGCUGCGGCGUUGGUCGGGCGUCUGGCCUUCUUGUCUUCAGUGAUCAUGAAGGCACUUCCGUCGAACGGACAGCGUCUUGUUAUUCUGCACGCUGGCGACUGCUCGGCCGCUGCGACCACUACCUACUCGUAUCUCAAGGCUACAAACUUUGAAGUCCUGGUCACCUUGACAAACGUGUCGGAUCCUCACAGCGCACGAUCUUUUUCCAGCCUCAGACCGGUGUACGCGUCUAGCGACUACCAAAGCUGGGUCGAGGCUGCACGCAAGUGGGCGCCGAAGGGAGUGGAUCUUGUUGUCAGCUUCGACAUCGAUCCGAGCGUGGGCAUGGAGACAAUGCAGAUAAUGGCAGCGGGUGGCACCCUCGUGCAAAUCGGAGAUCUGCCUCGCCGGCUUCGUCGUGGCCAGCGAUACGUCUCCGUUGACUGGACUCAUCUGGUUGAAGAUGAAUUCCUCCUUCGGCGCUUGGAGGAUGUUCCUCCUGCUAUCCGUGAUUCAUUGUUUACUUCGGUGGAGGUUUUUAAUCUCAGCCAGUUCUCAAUUGCGGUUGCAAAAUCACACUCUGAUCCGCCAAAUAACGUCAUUCUGCUGGGCCUGGAAAGCAUUGAUCCCGAACUCCCGAUCACCAAAGGAGGCGUGAUCGCUGGGACAGCCGCUUUCAAUCCGCGUGCAUCUUACGUCCUGAUCGGCGGCGUCGGAGGGCUCGGCGUCAGUAUGGCCAGAUGUUUGGUGGAGAACGGAGCCAGACAUGUUGUUCUGACCUCGAGAUCUGGGACAAAGGCUUUCGAGAAUGUGGAGCUUAUUCGGGAGAAAAGGAUGGUUGAUUACCUUCGUGCACUCCCCGGUGUCACUGUGGACAUUGCUUCGGUGGACUGUCUGGAUGCAGAGAAGACCAAGGAGCUGUUUUCUAAUCUCAACCACCCAGUCGCUGGCGUCUUCUUUCUUCCCGUGAAGUUGCAUGAUGGGCUCUUUGUUAACCUGAAGGCGGAGGAGGACUGGAAAUUGAUGUAUGAUGUCAAAGUGAAGGGACUGCAGGUGAUGUUGGAGGCGGUUGACCCUGCAUCACUAGACUUCCUUGUGCUUACGAGUACUAUAUCCGCUCUUGGUGGCUCUGCAGGGCAAGCAAACUAUACGGCUGCACAGUUUCAGAUGGAAAUGAUCGGAGCUGGACUUCCAAACACGGUGUCCAUAGCUGUGCCACCGAUUCUUGAUGCUGGCAUUCUGGCACGUAGCACGCGACCUGCCGGCACCCAGAAAGCCGCACUAGAGAAGUACAAGUCUUUCGGUGUCAGUACGAGACAGGUAGUCCACCAAUGCAUCGACGCAAUUUUGUCUCUGGGCACCAAACCGCGCAAUGCGGUAUAUAUUCCUGCAGUGGACUGGAAGAUGCUUUUUGAAUCUGGAUUGGCCCCUGCGAGGACUCAAUCGCUCAUACGUCACUUGAUUACCAAAGGUAUGGACGGACCUAUGGCAUUGGGCACAUCGCAUGAGGGAACAAUACGAGCAGCCUGUGCAAAGGUCCUCUCGCUUCACGUGGAUGAGAUCGAAGAGACAAUUCCUCUAUCUGGCUAUGGCCUUGACUCUCUCACCGCUGCGCGUCUCAGGGUAAUCCUCAAAACAGAGUUCAACCUAGACGUGACUCAGCUUCAAUUGCUCAGCGGCUAUACGACAGUGCAGAAGUUAGUAUUGAUGCAAUCAGAGCAGGCGGCUGCCUUGGAGACCCAAAGAUCGACCCCCCAUGGAGAAGAAGCUUCCUCCGCUGACGGAGCAUCUAUCGAGGACGACAUGAAUGAGACGAUUGUCCGUCUCAAUGAUGCGAAACACGGUUUGCCUGUGUUCCUCGUUCACGGUGCAGGAGGCGGUGUCCUUGUCUUGCGCAAGAUUGCACAGAAGAUCCAAGUGCCUGUAUAUGGAGUGCAAGAUACGCCCGAGGCGCCCCUUACGGGGACCCUGCAGCGCCUGGCGACAUUCUACCUAGGGAAGAUCAAGCAGAAGCAAUGCACAGGGCCAUACCGUGUUGGCGGGUUCUCUUUUGGCACCGCGGUGGCACUCAUGAUGGCGCAAAUGCUGCGCGCUGACGGAGAGACGGUGGAGACGCUGAUCAUGUUGGACGGCGCACCCACCCUAUUCCUUCGGCCCGAGAUGCGAGAGCACACGCGUCAGAUCAUUAUGGAUGGGACCAUGGCGGACAACAUUAUGCGGGUCGUGAAGGAUAUGGCGGCGAGUGGAGCGAUUGACGGAGCAGAGGAUGUCCGCACGCAGUUCGAGGAACACUUUGAGCAUAGGCACAAGGGAAACAAAUGGGUCGCGAGAUUCUGUCAGGCGUAUGUUGCUCAUCUGCUCAUGGGCAUCCGCGAAAGCAUGGAAAUGGAGCGACGCGAACGAGAUGAGGCGUUGGAUGGGUUAGUGUGGCCGGCCGAGCGCACAGUGCUGAUGAAGGCGCGAAAUGGCAUCAGAACAAAUACGCACGCACAGGGAGUAUCGGAGGCAUUUGAUUUGGACAAAUGGACGGACAAGGUGGACUUGCACGAGUUCCCGGGCACACAUUUCGGAUUCUUGAAUCCGGUUUCUGGUGUCGGCGAGGCCUUAAAUGACCUGUUGGGUUAGUCAUUUUGGAUGGUAGCUGCCGCGCGUCUUACCGUUACGCUCUGUCAAUUUUGCCAUGUGCUUGUAUUAUUACACACAACUACUUAACGGCUGUUCCCUUUAAAUUGAUUUGUACAAGAUAAUGCGGACGGAUAUCCGGACUGGCUCCGAGCCACUUCCGCGAAUGUAAGGGCCAUACAUACGUAUAUAGUGC